CUGACACGCUAGCUUCUGCUGCCAAGCAAUUACAGAAGCGACGUAACGCUAUCGAGGGAGGGUGGCGACCGAAACUAAUCAAAAGGGCCGUCCAGCACCUGAACCAUCAAUCGGGUUUAUGAGUAAAGGCGAUCAAUCAGCCUGCGGUUAAGUUAACCAUCGGAAGAAACGCGGAAGUGUACAUUCAACGUCAACGGGUUUUUUGACUUAUUAUCGGUGACAACAUGGCUGAAUGUAACGUUAGCAUCGACAAGAAUAAACUACCUGGAGUGAAAGAGGUGUGUCGAGACUUUGCUGUGCUGGAGGACCACUGCCUGGCCUACAACCUCCAGGAACAAGAAAUUGAGAGCCACUUGGCGUCCAACGUCAAUAAGAGCCGUCUGGUGCAGAAGGACCUGCAGGUGGCCAAGAAGCUGCAGGAGGAGGAGGAUAAGAGGGCCAAGGUCCAGAGCCAGAAACAGCAUGUUGAACUUGAGCGCCAAGAUAAUGAGAUCGCCCAGGAAAUACAGGAUCAACUGGUCCGACAGGCAGAACAACAGCGACAGCAGGAAGAGAAGGAUGCGGCCAUAGCUCGUAAGCUGCAGGAGAAGGAGAUGAAAGAAGAAAGGAGGAGACAGAAGCAGCUGGAAGCAAACUUUGAGGAGGAGUACUUUGAGGAUCACGGAGGUCGAAUUGUGCACCGAGGGAGUGGAGCAGUAGUAGCAGAAAAUGAGUUCGGACUGAGCGAGGCCACUGAGGGCCUGACGAAGCUUGAUCUCCGCGAGCAGGAGCUGAAGGACAUGGAGGUGGCCAGGAGGCUGCAAGACGAGGAAAUCAAAGCGAGCAAGAUGCAUGUGCGUGCGGCCCAAGUGGCGCAGGAUGAGGAAAUCGCCCGGCUGAUGAUGGAACAAGAGAAAAAGGAGUACAGGAAGAAUCGAGAACGGGAAAAUGAGAGAGAACGGGAGAAAGAGAAGGAGCGAGAGAGGGAGAGGUUGGCCAUGGAGAGGAUGGCCAUGGAAAGGAGGCGGCAAGAGAGAGACUACAGGUUAAAUCCGGAGGAAGUCGUCCGGCCCCGAACACGAGAUGAGCAUGAACACCAGAGGCAGAGGAACCACAACAAGCCUGCCAGGCCUCCUCAGCCUCGUGCACACGACUAUGAGAAUGUGAACUCUGGCUACAGCUACUCGGACCACCCUGUUCCCCCCCGCGCUCCCACCAGACCGGAGGCUGCUUACAAAGGUGCCUAUUACAAGCGGUGAUUCAGGAUCUCUACCAUGUGCAGACAUGCUGUCAGUCCUCCUUCGUCCUGUUUUUUUUUUUUUUUUUUCUUUUUGUUUUCAACCAUUCGCACUCUGUUGACCAAAAGCCUCGGGACAAUCGAAUGAGUUGGCAAUGGGAUUUUUUUUUUUUUUUAAAUACUCUCCAAAGUUAAGGAAGUGGGUCUGUGAGUGCUGGAACCACACUCAUCUUUUCCUUUUUUUUAAUUUGUAAAUUGUGAUUUAAAAUUAUUAUUUCUUUUAACUGACUCAACAUCAAGACAAGCCAAAAUAUCAGCCUUGUGACAUAACCUCCCCUGAUUCUUAGCUGUUGAACUGGAGGAACCGCCUCCUCACCCGCCGUGGUCAUCGUGUGCUGAUGUUCGUCCCAUCACAAGGGCUCAAGGCCUCCGCUGGAUACGACCAUGCAAUCUCAGAUUUCCUCAUGACUCUUCAUGGGAUGUGCCUGUCUGCUCCAACAUGGCUGCUACAGUGUCUUAGAUAUUACCAACAUGGCAGCUGCUUUGUACACCCAUGCUGCAGUUCUGUUCUCGUAACGCUGUGCAACGCGGCCACGCAGGCCCGAUCCAUGUGCCACGCAGCGCAUGACUCUGGAGGGAUACCUUUCUGUUGCUGUAUUCAAACUAAACAAUGAACAUAGGCCUUUAUCAGGAUGCUGGUAGUUUUGGCUCUGACAUGUUUACCACCUUGUCCCGGUGCAGAGGAGGUGGAGCUUUGUGACGAUCUAUCCUUUUAAUUGGCUGUCUUUUUCUGCUUGUGAGGAGCACUUUUUUUAACCCCAUCACCCUUAAAGUGGAUGGAUGAUAUUCUGUGUAAGACUCACUGUUUCUAUGUGCAUGCUUACUGAAAGUGUACAACUGUGUACAUGCAUUUCAGCUCUAUAUCAAAUUAUGUCUCCCUCUAUCGUCAGAAAGGGCUAAAGCCACAAAAAGCCAAUAAUCUUCUCUUUGUGAAUGAACAAAAUAGGUGUUAGCUCAUAUUCUACUAUACAAUAUUAUCACUUUUCCACCACUAUUUUAUAUCGGCUUGUCAUUUACAAACCAAAACUGGCCCAUAAAAGAACCAGUACCAAAAGGAAAUGCAUGUACAUUGCUUGUCUGUGUUCAUGCUUGUGCUUACAGCACAGACGUUGUGCGAUUGAAUAUUUGUUCUUUGUUUUAUUUAAAUGUAAAUAUCAAAGCUUUUUUCCACUUGUGCCACCAAAUCAUUUUCCCCAUUGUGAAAAGUACAGGAUUUUCUCUUCUGUCCCUUUAUCUUGCGUCCCACCAGUUAUCUCUGUUCAGAAAGGGAGCCUUAUAUUAUAUUUUUCUACAAAAUUUUGUUGGUCUCUCCUCACACUGUUCCCUUAAUUUCCACUCCCCCCAAGUUUUCCUGCAGUCACUUCCAGUCCUCUUCUCUUUGUCUCGGAGGCAGAUAUUACUUCCUGCCUGCAGAACAGGCAAACAUUCCCACAAUAGAUGUGCAUCUGGAUGGAGGGAAAUCAGUCACAGGACAUAAAAUAUGUAUCACUGCUCAAAGGAAACUAUUUUAGUGUUGUUACUGCUCCGGGAUCCACGACUUUCUGUUCAUAUUGAAUAAGGAUGAUAAGGAAAAUGAGAAGCACAUUCAGGCUUUUGAGUUUAUUGAAAUGUUUGUGAUGGCCACGGUGAGUCACUGGAGCGAACACGUUGUGCUGCUUCCCGGGUUAUCACAUUCUUAUAAAUGUUGCAGGAAUUAUAAAUCACUUUACAGAAUGAUUCCCUCCCUGCUCAGAGAAUAUUAGCAGUUUUCUUUACCCAAGUGUUAGAUGUGUGUAUUGCUGAGGACGAACACAGGUCUUAUUGAAUUCUAAUAUAUGAUAGUUGCUGUUGACAGAAUGAGAUUGGUGCCAUAUGUUUGUAAUUUUUUCAGGGACUUCAGAAUAAGAAAAGCUUCAGAGUUGUUGUGGUUGUAGCAGAGCUACCACACCCACCAAGGUGGGACUUGUAAUUUAUUUGGUGAGAGCACCACCUUGUGGACAUGUUGACAUUUGGGGGAAAAAAGUGUACAAAAUGGGUCUGAUCAGGAUGUCUUUGUGUAUUUAUGGAUGUUGUGCAUCAGACAUUACGCUGGAAUCGAGUGCUGUCUACAUCAAACAUCGAGUGUUAUGUUUUUUUAUUUUCUUUAAUCCAGGGCUUGUAUGCAAUCAAAUCAUGAUUCAACACACAUGUGUUGGCACUUGCUGUAACAGAACUUUUUUUAAGUACAAUGAAUUAACAAGUUGCUUUUACCUAUAGCAUCUCAAAAUGUAAUAAACUGUAUCAGCAUUUCCACUGUU